UGAUAGCUACUAUUUUUGACAGAUGUGUGUCGUCGUGUUGUGUGGCGUCCUGUCUAUUUAUCUUUAGAAUUUUAUUAUUAUUUACAGAUUUUUUACACGAUCCUUUGUUUAGAAAUGUGUUAAAGUGUAAGACUAGAAUAGCUUAGUGUACUUAGUAAUUAUUGUUAGGAUAUUCCCGAAGGAGCGUAGAGCACAGUGUUUGGAAACAUGGAUCGUAAUAAUAUGAGGACUUCUAAUUUCAGGUCAAGCUAUGUUAGCAGUGGACCGAGGUCCCUCCCUCAUAUGGGGGGAAGUAAACGACACAAUGGGAACGGGCACUCGGCUCGGCUCAGCCCACCUGCGCAGGCGCCGCCGUCACAUGCAAACAACAACAACAAUAAUAAUAACAACAACAUCAAUACUAACCAGAAUGAUGAACUUAUUACGUACAUCUAUGAUUCUUGGAAUAAGGUGACUCGUGAACUAGAACGCGGGAGCGAAGACGCGAAAUACUACCAAGAGGUGCUUGCACCCCGUCAGCUGGCCAACUUCAGACCUUUCAACCUCGACGAGUGGUGGGCACGUCGCCUCGUCCAGAGCCUGAACCGCAACAAGCACCGGUCUUAGUUCCACACCAUUCGUUCGUGAACGACUUGACGACUGUGCCCAUUGGAAAAAAAAAACAAUUUUAUUUCGCAAUUAUAAACAUGCAUGUUGUAGCUCCCGUGUAGGAUUAGAAGUCCCCAAAAUACAGUUAACCAACCUACCGAUCUUUUUUGCCGGGACCUUCAUGGGCACUUUUUGACGCAGCAUUUAAUUUUUGGCUUCUUUAGGUUAUCUGUACAAUUGAAAAUUAAGUUCGUAUUUUUAAGGUGUGAAUUGAAAAGUUUAGACAGUAAAUCAUGUUUUACAAUUUAAGAUUUUAAUGUUUCAUUCUUACUAACGCAAAUUAUACUUUCUGAAAUACAUAUUCUAAUUUUGCAUGCUAUUCUAUCGAUUGUUUAUGGUUGUUAUGUAUUGUCAAUUAUGAAAAUAGACGAAAUGUAAACUAUAGACAAGAAAAAAAAACAGUGGGUAUGGUAACGAGUCUUUCUAAAA